UAUAAUGAAAGUAACUUCCAAGUCUAAGUUGGAGUCAUACGAUCACAGGAAUAGUGAUAUCAAACAAGCUUUACAGAGAAUAACUACAGUAGAGAAGUCAUUUUUCUUUUAAGAUCAGGAAUGUAAGUUGCUGUUGAUAAAGGGAAAAGUGUAGAGUAUGUUUCUGUGUGCUGCUUAAUACCCUUUGAAGAAAAGAGCCCUGAAUCUUGACUGCAGGGAAGGGACUACUGCCACUUGAACAAUGCAUACAAGUAAGGAGGAAGAGCUGGAAAGCAAUGCAUUUUACAGGCCAGUGUGCUGUAGGGUAGUAUAUGUGAAACAAAGAUCCCAUUUGAAUGCAUGACUCAGUCUGAAACAUCCAAAGUGGUAGUAAGGUUCAAUGGCAAAUGUAAACAUUUGUCAACACUUGAAAAAUAUUCCUUUGGACAACAUGGAUUUGCUGGAAUCUAGAGUUCAGAACACUUGCAAAGAACAGCGCUUUAUUUUUUAAAGCAUUAAUUACCUGGAUUGGUUGCAGCGAUGGCUAGCAAAAGAAAAUCCACAACUCCUUGCAUGAUACCGGUAAAAACAAUGGUGCUGCAGGAGAUGGAAUCAGAUGCUGUGGAAAAUGAUCAUGAAGGAACUCAACAGCACAUGCCUCCUGAACCACCGGCAGCUGGUGAUGCUGUUAUUAACAAUAGCAGCAAUCAUGCAACAUUGUCUAAUGGGCAUCGCAGUAUUAUGGACGGUGAUACUUACUUGUGUAAGUAUUGCGAUUUUGGAUCGCAAGAUGUUAAUCAUUUCUUUGGACACAUGGAUUCUGAGCACUUAGACUUCAGCAAAGACCCCUCGUUUGUAUGUGUUGAGUGCAGUUUUCUGGCACAAAGCCACAAAGGGCUUUUGCAUCACAAUGCGGAGUGCCACGGUGGUGAAACUAGCUUCCUCUGGAAUGUGGCUAAGCAGGAUAAUCACACGACAGUGGAGCAAAGUAUCUCUGAUGCCACCAGCAACCAAGACAUUUCAGGAGACUUCUGUGAGGAGGGGGUAGAUGGUCAAGCUGAAAUCAUCAUCACCAAAACUCCCAUUAUGAAGAUAAUGAAAGGUAAGCCUGAGGCCAAAAAAAUUCACAUGCUAAAGGAGAACGUAUCAAAUCAGCCAGGCGAUGAUUUGGCGAUGAAAGAUGGUGACCAUUCAUUCACCAAUGGGUCUUUGCCAGCCAGCCGGUCAACAGCCAGCUCAGCAAAAUCAUCUCACAUAGUCAAUGGCUCCAUAUUGGGAAACGUGCCUGUUUUGCAGGCAGGCGUUGCACAACUUGUGUCAUUGCAGCAGCAGCAGCCGCAGCUGCACCAGGACCUACCCACGUCCAAAUCCCUUCCUAAAGUGAUGAUUCCUCUGAGCAGCAUUCCCACGUACAAUGCAGCCAUGGACUCCAACAGCUUCCUGAAAAACUCCUUCCAUAAGUUUCCCUACCCUACAAAAGCUGAGCUUUGCUAUUUGACUGUCGUGACCAAGUACCCAGAAGAGCAGCUUAAGAUCUGGUUUACUGCCCAGAGGUUGAAACAAGGCAUUAGCUGGUCCCCAGAGGAGAUAGAAGAUGCACGGAAAAAAAUGUUCAACACAGUUAUUCAGUCUGUACCGCAGCCCACUAUCACAGUUUUAAAUACACCUCUAGUUGCAAAUGCCAGCAAUGUCCAGCAUCUCAUUCAGGCAACUCUACCUGGUCACAUGGUCGGGCAACCAGAAGGAACGGGAGGGUUACUCGUUACACAACCAAUAAUGACAAAUGGAUUAAAAGGAAGCAGCUCAUCUCUCACGUUAGCAGUGACAUCUAUUCCCAAGCUCCAACCCAUUACGCAACACAACAACGCGUGUUCGAGCAGCGCCUCAGCUGUGAAGGUGGUCAACACAGCUCAGUCUCUGCUGACUGCAUGCCCAAGCAUAUCUUCACAAGCUUUCAUGGAUCCCAGCAUCUACAAAAAUAAGAAGUCCCAUGAGCAGCUGUCUGCACUGAAAGGCAGCUUCUGCAGGAAUCAGUUCCCUGGCCACGCUGAAGUUGAGCGUCUGACCAAAAUUACAGGCCUUACAACUAGGGAGGUUCGAAAGUGGUUUAGUGAUAGGAGAUAUCAUUUCAGGAAUAUGAAAGGCAGUAGAGCCAUGUUUGCUGGAGAUAAUACAAUAAUUAUUGACUCCAUGCCUGACAUUACCUUCACUGUGUCACCAAAAGAGAUUGACUUAACCUCUACGACAGCAGCGAUGCCCGUGGCUCAUCACCAAACAAGGCGACAGUCCUGGCAUCAAACGCCCGACUUCACCCCAACGAAAUACAAAGAGAGAGCACCAGACCAGCUCAAGGCUUUGGAAGGCAGUUUUGCACAAAACCCUUUUCCUCCAGAGGAAGAAGUGGACCGUUUGAGGAGUGAAACAAAAAUGACCAGGAGAGAAAUUGAUAGCUGGUUUUCAGAGAGGAGGAAAAAAAAGGUGAUGGAGGAAAAUAAAAAAGCAGAAGAAAUGGUCCAGCAAGAGGAGGAGGAUGCUGACAAUAAUUGUGGAGAAGAGGAAGACUCCUCAGAUGAACUGAGGGUCUCAAGUGAAAAUGGUUCAUUAGACACCCCAAGCAGCAAUCAAACUUCACUGGAGCGGAAAGUUAGUCCUAUUAAAAUCAAUCUGAAGAAGCUUAGAGUGACUGAGUCAAAUGGCAAAAAUGAAUUGCCAGAGGUAUGUGCAAAUGAUCAAGGGGACAACUGUUCUAGCAGGCCACCUACCCCUGCAAAAACCAAACUGAACUUUAAAAAAACAGCCCAACAGCGGCAUUUGCUUAAACAAAUGUUCGUAAAGACACAGCGACCAACAAAUCAAGAAUACGACGCCAUAGUUGCUCAGACAGGUCUGCCCCGGGCUGAGAUAAUUCGCUGGUUUGGGGAUAGCCGGUACGGUUUAAAAAAUGGCCAGCUGAAAUGGUAUGAGAACUACAGGCGGGGUAUCUUCCCUCCAGGUUUAGCGGUGAUCAGCCCAGCUAGCAAAGAGAUCCUAGAGGACUAUUACAAAAAGCACAAGCUGCUGUAUGAAGAUGACCUUCAGAGCUUGUGUGAGAGAACUCAACUGAAUUCACAGCAGGUUAGGGUGUGGUUUGCUGUAAAGGCGGACGAAGAAACCCGGGCCGUGUCUGACACGGGAAGCGAAGAUCGAUACUCGGGCACGGGCGAACAAGCAGGAAGCCAAAAAGGGACAUGCGAUGCCAGUUCGGAGGUAUCUGAGAAUAGCGAAUCUUGGGAGCCCAGUGGCCAGGAAGGCCAUUCGGAACCCUUUGAUACAUUUAGCCAGCAACCUGCAGUUCAGCUUGAAACAGAUUGACCUUAAACUGCCUGCUCUGAAGGAUCUGCGAUUACAUUUGAGAAGAUUGUAAAUCCAUGGGCCUGAUACGAAUCUCAGUAGCAGGGAGUGGUGUAAAAGCACGGCUAUAAUGAGACCUUUCAGUACAGCACAUCAGAGAGGGAGAGCAAGAGAAUCGGGCUCUUCAUGCAGUGCCAUCUGCAGCCUAAUCUAGAAUCUUACUCACCAGCUGGCCAGAGUAGGGCAUCAGUAAGAUCUUCUCACUCUUGUGACGUAGGAUGCUGUUUCCUUUCCAGUGGAUAAACUUUCAGAUUUCAUAUUCAUAUAAUGGAACCAACUUUUGACAUACAGACAGCCGCCUCGACAAGCAUAAUUAAUUUUGGACAUUGAUUGUGUAAUUGUAUUUUUUGCGUAGAAAUGGACUAUCAUGGCACAAUACAUUUUUAUCUUCAGCUGUUUGUAAUGUGUUUGUUCUCUAACGGUUGGCAAUGUUGCAUAUGUCCCCGACUCUUGGGUCCCUAGAUCAGGGAUUGGAGGAUACCAUCAUGAGUGUCAGUAUGUGUGUCAGAGCAAGAGAGAAGAUCUGAGAAGCAACAUGCCAGUCUUCGUAGCAAGAACAGGAUGAAUUCAGUGGGGUGGAUGUAGAUUUCUUUCCCUGGGGAUGGGGGUGGAAUAAGCUAUUGUACACCCUCCAAUAUCCAGUGGGGGGUUGGGAUCCUGCAAAGGUCAGGAGAUAGAAUUGGAUAUAAUCUGUCCCCCUACUGCCUGGAGUAAUUUUAUUUCUUUUAUGCUAGGCGGUGGAAUGUAGCACAGCCCAUUACUCUCCAAGCCUCACAUUAAUUACUGAGAACUAGCACUUAAUGUUUCCAUCCUGCUCUGGAAUCCCUUUCAUUGUUUAUAGAGGACAAACUGUUCUUCAGAGAACAAAUACAGACAAAAAUUUGGCUUUCUGCUAACGUUUCAAGUCAUCGUUUUCUAGACAGGAAGCUUGCUUGUUACAACACUAGUUGAAUUAGAUUCCUUCUCUUGUCCUACUGUGCUAAUGCUAUUAACCUAUACUUAUUGGUCCAGGUCACCUUACCUAGUUCUCCAACUGUAGUCCUGUCUUUCUGUGAGCUAGACAAUAAAUACAUUGCAAACUAGUUUUUAGUUAUCUGGUAUAUUAAGUGCUCACUUAAUCAUAUACCUUUUUAAUAUGUAUAUGUCUACAAUGUCUUGGGCUAUUACUGCUUUAAAGCAGCUUCUUUAUUAUUUUUGAUUCUAGUGUAAUUUUUCUUAAUGUGGAAGGCUUUAUUCUCAGUGGUAGGAGAUAUUUAUUAAAUGGGUGAGUUUCAAGCUCUAAGUGACCUGAUCUAGUGUAAGUUUAUAAAGAGAGGUUGGUCUUUUUAAAUCUCUCCCGGCGUCUCUUCCAAAGGUAGCAUUUGAUUUCUACCUUAAGUCAUCUUCUUGAAUAGUGUUCCCCUUUCCUCAUGUCCGUAUUUAGAAGGCCUUACUAUUCAAUAAUUAAGAGGAGUAGCUCUCUUUAGUCAUAGCAUCAUUUGGGAAUGAAAGGACUCUAGCAGGACACCUACGCCUGUUAGUUCAGUCUGUGGCAGUUCAGAGAACCAUGCUGAUAGAAUAGCAUUUCUCCUUAUGCAGAAGACAACAUUGCAACUGUACAGGUCACACUAAACCUUUGUUAGAGGCAUACCAGCAACAAUAAUCAGCCUCUCGAUGGUGUGAGCUCAACAUUUGCAUGGCUGAGCCCCUACGUUCUUGCUCCCGAGAUGUCAGUUCCACAAUGGCUGCUGGAGUCCCUGCAACUGUCAUCUUGUAUACCCUGAAACAGCAAGGGACGGGAGGGAGAAGGACUAGAAACGUCUAGCAGUGACGAUUACUCUUGAUGCUACUGGUGGGAAUCUGGUGACCCAAGAGUGUGGCUGCAUGUACAGUGUUAACUAAAGAGAACAAAUACAGGUAAGUCAUUUACUCUCUAGUGUCUAUAUACGUGCAGGAGUAUUUAAAUAUGCACAUGUACUGUUCAAAUGUGCAAUUUUUACUGCAUAAGACGUACAUUCAAAAUGUACACUUUACUGAGUGCUAUAUAAAGAUGUUGGAAACACAGUUUGCCCCUUCAAGGUGACUUUGUUGGCAUACACUUAGAAAGAGCCACCUCCAGGCCACUGAAGGAAAUGUUCAAUCAUCACCCUGUGAAUGGGUUUCUAAAAAUCUCUUUUUCCAGGCACUGGCUGAAUUUUUUUGCAGCUGGAUUUUAGUCUGCCAGUAGCCCAGAAAAGAAAAGGAAACGUCUAGUCAGCUGAAGGGAAUUUGGUCGUGGUGUACCCAGAAAACCCAGCCUUGAAGGGUUAAAGCUGCUAAUUGCUCGUUUGUGGAUAUGUAAAGACAUCAGGCUAUUAGUCCCUUUUCGUUAGAGGAAUUUUCAAAUAUGCUUCCAUGCAGCCUGGCUUCCCUAAAGGCAGGCAGUCCAGUGAAUGGAAUUGCACCUCUCCGGGCAUGGUGAAGGUGGGAGUGAUAAAAUGGGUCUGGGAUAAAGCUUCUGAACCAGACACCAAAAGAAACCUGGUUCCUUUUUAAUCUCCCAUAUGUUUAUUACCAACACAUUUUUACUGGGUAUUUCCAAAAGGGUUUGUUAUAAAGAAGGGAGAGCUACUGUCAUUCGUGGUUCAUCUAACACCUCUGUUAAAUAGGUUGAAAUGAAGUAGGCACUAAUACCAAAAUACAUAGGGUUUGGUGCAGGACAUUAGAAGUGUGCUUGCGCGGAAACUGAAACAAUUGUGGACCAGCUCUUGGUCACUGUGAAGUGGUUUGACAGUCCUAUCAGCAGCACUUCUGCAGCUGGUGUUGCAGGAAACGCCACCUCAAUUUUGCACCUAGACAGUAUUAACUUUUAUCAUCCUCUAAUCAACAAGCAUUGUCACUUGGACUAGAUAAAAGGAGAGAAUUGGCUAGAUGGAGUGGUGAGUUAGCAUUUACUUAUUAGGAGAGGAAAUUUUUAAAAACUAAUUUCUUCAACUCCCUCAGCUAAAAGUGAGCCUAUGUUCACUCGGACUUGAUGGUUGCACAGCUGUAAAAAUCCUUUUAUCUUCAGUCUUAUGUUGUUGCUUCCAUCUUACUAACAUUAAACUUCUGUAUAGGAGGUGGGCUGGCUUAAAACCAGAAACUCAAGUGCUUAGUAACCUGCUAUCCAGAUUAAUAUCUCAGUCAUGUCUCAUCUUUAAAAAGAAUCAUAGGUUUAAUCUUAUGAUUAAAAAGAAUCAUAGGUUCUAGGAAUAGAAUUGGCUUGCUAGUUAGUAAGAGCAGUGAUCUGCUAGGCAAGGCUCUGAUUUUUUGGCUAGCAUCCUGGAUGUUUUUUUUAAAACACUAUAAAAUUUAAUUAUACCUGGUUCCUCAACUUAGUUCCUAGUUCCAGUUUCACAAGGGAGUCACUGGGAUAGUGGUUUGGUUAGUUAGUGGUUCAUGUACAGAGGGCAUUUGCAGCUGCCUGCAUUUGACAAUUACCUGCAGGUGUCCAGCUUAACAGGUGAUUGUGUUAACAACUUUGGUAUUUGAUCGUGAAUUGGACAUAUACUCCCCGAGCUGCACCCCUGUAACUCUUAAAAGUGUAGUGUUUGAAUCAGACUUAUCAGUACUAGUACGUGGUGGUGUAGAAUCAUAGAAUAUCAGGGUUGGAAGAGCCCUCAGGAGGUCAUCUAGUCCAACCCCCUGCUCAAAGCAGGACCAAUCCCCAACUAAAUCAUCCCAGCCAGGGCUUUGUCAAGCCUGACCUUAAAAACCUCUAAGGAAAGAGAUUCCACCACCUCCCUAGGUAACCCAGUCCAGUGCUUCACCGGUUGCUCUCCCUCCCCUGCUGACCACUUGCUGCACAGCACGGCAAGGACUGAAACAGGAGAUAAUAUUUCCUAUCAGAUUGCUUUUUGGGGGCUAAUACAGGCUGGAAAGGCUGGGGAUAGCCAAAUUGUGGAAAACAGAGAACAAGGGGUAAAAUUAGGGGAUACCAUAGUGAUGCCCAUGGUAUAAAAUAGCUGGAGAGGGACGGCUGUACAGCUGCUGCCUGAUUUUCAAAGAUAUUGAGUAUUGACAGUUCCCAUUGACUUCAGCUAGAGCUGUGGGCACUCAGCAAUUCUGCACAUCAGGCCUGUAAAUUAAGCCGAGUUCCAACCGUGGCACAGUGGGAUGGACACAGCCCUGUGACUCUCCAGGCUUUCUUAGCCUUGCUAUAAUGCAGCGAUCUGCAGAGAGCUUGCACCUGAUGUUUCAGUUAUUUAAAGCAGAAUGGUCUAUCCCUUCCUACAGCGGCCUUUGUGGGUCAUUUGCCAAGCCAAAUGUUUCACAGCAUGAGAAUCAAUCAGCAAAGGCAGGGCACAAUGGCAGCCGUGGUAUGAAACUAAAUAGUCAUGGUGGGUAUCUAGUUUAACAACCCUUAUGUGAUGGCAUGACUUGCAGUGAGAGGCACAGCGACAAGACACCAUCUUCUCUUGUAUUUGCUGUCGGCGCCAGCUCUUGACCUAUGCAUUCAGGAGGAGGAGCUGGAAGGCUGAAGAGCAGUUUCGUUUGUCCACAUAGAGCAGCAAUUCUUGAUGAUUGGAAACUUGAAAAACCUUUUCCCCAAAUAAAGCUGGAGCCAUUGAUCAUAGAGCCUGAACAGAAGAUGAAACGUUGCGGGUAGGGGUAGUUCAGAUGGUACGAUGUUUUUCUGAGCUUGGCACAGAUCAGCAUGUGAGAGAUGAGAAUACUGUACCUUCAUCACAUGGUAGUACUCAUAGUUACAGUGAUACUGUUAAACUCAUCUCUCCCUACUUCCCAUGAAACUGUGUUUUAAAUUUGUGAAACCAGUUCCUAAGACAGGGAACCCUAUUGACCAUUUUUAAUUUCUCAGCGAUUACAAAACAAACAUGUAAGCAUCAGUUGAAGCUGCCAGCACGAAAAGGGGAUUCAGUCACUCUCUUUGCCAGGGUAGUUCCUGCUGUGUCCAUUACUGGCAAUGGGAUCUGCCAGGAAUUUCAGACUAGCGCCACAAAAGCUUGAAAACAAACAGGAAAACAAAUUAACUGAACUCUUCCAGAUGCAGCAGGGAUCUCUUACACUUGUCCCGCGUUUCAGCAAAGAGCAUACCACUCCACUCGGUCGCUCAUUUGAAGGCUGGCCUUAAUCCAAUCUCUCCUGUCCUGGUAGAUGGAUGGUAUUACCCAUAUGCUGUUCGCUGGUACCAGUGAAGAGAGCAGGGUAGAAAUCUUCUUGAUAAAGUUGUACUUUUGCUCAGCCCCCAUCUGAUUAUUUUUGUUAGGAAUUUUGUCAGGAAUUUUUCACCCCAUGUUGGUAGCACGGCACUAAAAGUCAGGCUUUGGAACACACUGCUUCUCAUCAGCCCAUACAAUCAACAUAUGGUGUCUUGUUUAAAAUCAUCCUGGUGCUGAGUGACCUGGGAUUCAUCCAAAGGAAACUAGAAUUGGAGCUGCAAUGGGACCUUUCAUAAGGGUAGCCUUGUGGCUAGGGACAGCGAAAAGACUUGGCUGUCGUUGUCUUUGGGGGGGGGGGGGAUAUUUUGGAUUUUUUUUAAGACCAUAAUUAGGAGAUUUAACAUGGCACCUGCGUGAGAAGGUAGUUUUUACUUUUGGUGAAGGUUUUAAAGAGAGAAACAAAGCUGCCUGUGACUGUGGGCUAUAGUUAUUACUAGUGCUAGGGUCGCUUGCCCCUGCGAUGGACUUUACAUGCUCUUAUUCUGUGGGUGAGCUCCCUGUAGCAACAAUGCCACUUCUGAGAAGUGAACCACAAGUUUCCCUUACUUUUGUAUAUGUGGAGGGGGGCGGGGGGGAGCUUGCUUGUACAGUUUGGUGAAAUGAAAUGAGACCUUUUCAGUUGUUCCUAAAUAAAGAGCAUAAAAUAUGAA